AUUUCCCCUUUGAUUGCGGAUGGAACACCAAGAAGAUGUUAUUUACCAAUUGUAGCAGAUUAUAUAAAAUUCUGUUAUAUGGCCAUAAUCAGUUUGCAGUAGGGAAAUGUGAAGCCAUGUCUGAGCUGCACAGUGUUUGCAGCUCAUUUAUAGUCAGACAGUCCGGCAGCAGGCGAGGCUGUCUGUCUCACGCAGGUAGGAAAUGCAAAUGAGAUCAGUAAGAGCUGCUCUUCACAUUCUCUCUCUAUCGUUCACUUUCAAUCUUCAAAACCAUUUGCAUCCAAAGACCGACACAAAGAAAUUUCCCCAUGACUUGAGCUGCAAGACUCAACAUCAAAUCAUUACAAUGAGCUUCCUUGGAAAACUGAAGAAACUACAUAGUGGACCUCCAGCUCCACCCAGAAGGACAGAUGACAAUGCAGCGUUUUUAUGGCCACAGGAUGAGUUUGAUGACGAUGAAGUUGACACGUAUGAAGCGCCUCCCUGUGAGCGUCCGGCUCUGAAAGUCCCUCAGAGAGAAGAGGAGGAGAAUGUUUAUCUAGAGAGGAUAUCCAAUCCUGCUAGUGAGCAGAGACAGGCUGCACCUCCACCCAGACCAAGCAAACCCUCGAAACCUCAACAGCAUGCAGAGGAUUUCUUCUAUGAUCCCAAAACCAAGAAACCACCUGAGAUAGACAGAAAUGAGAAGCCUGGGAGAAAGAAAAUGAUGCCUCCUGCACCGGUCCGCUCUGCUCCUGCUCCAGGCCCUGCAUCAAACAUUGAAGAAGAUGUGUAUCUGGAUCCAAAUGAAGAACAUGAAGAUAAUGAUGAGCUGUAUUUAGAACCUACAGCUGCUUGCCCUCCUGCCACUAGUGGGCUGAUGAGGAUGCCGCCAUCUCCCAAGACAGCAUUUGUACCUUCUUCCAUACCUAUGAUGAAGCCUCCGGUUCCCAGAGCUCAGUCUAAUUCAUUUUUGCCUUCCUUUAAUGAGUUGACGACAGCUUCUUCAGUUGAAGCAAGACGUGGCACAUUUCCUACCAAACUCCCUCCACCAACUCCCAGUUAUAAGCCUCGUCUGCCAGUAAACCUGAAGGAAGCCAAAGACAGCCUUCUGAAUACUCCUAUGGCAGACACAAAGCCUGUGGCCAUCCCUGGUGGUAUGAGGGCAACCAAACAAUCUGGGAAUGAGGACAAAGAAUGGUUUGCUGGAGAUUGCAACAGGAAGACAGCUGAGGAUCUGUUGUUGAGGGUCAACAAGGACGGGGCCUUCCUCAUCCGUCAAAGCUCAGCCCAGAGUUCCCGGCAGCCCUACACCCUCGCUGUGCUCUUCCAACAGAAGGUGUACAACAUUCCCAUCCGCUUCCUGGAAGAGCCACAAAGUUACGCCCUCGGAAAAGAGGGAAAGAAGAACGAAGAGAUUUUCGGCACCCUCGAUGAGAUGAUCUCUCACCACAAGAAUAACCAGCUGCUUCUGAUAGACAGCAAGAGCCAGGCCAAGCACACAACUUAUUUAAUCCACCCUGUACGCCCUUAAAACCAUACUACUGGGAGCUUCUCUCAUGGUUUCUCAAGCCACAUGAGUUACACACAAGGAUAAUUGCAGUUUGAAACGUUUACAGUAGGUGAACCAUGUCCCAGAAGUGUAAUUAGAACCAUCAGUGAUACACCCAAAGUACUGUUUUCAUGAUGUUGUUUAUAGAUUGAAAUAGACAAUGCAAACUUUUGCUGCAAUAAACCAUUAGCAAAGAAUAUGUAAACGUCACAAACAGUGAUGGUAAAUGACAGCUUUAACUUACUGUAAAGCUCACAGAUCCUCAAGUUAUGUUGUUUGACAAAGUGCUUUUUCCUGUUUUGUCAUCAUGUUAGCAAUGAUUGCACAAGGUUAACUGUUCUUUGUUGGGAUGAAGGGAUGAUGACUCACUUUUAAAAAUACAAACAGCAUGUCUUUGUUGUUAUGUGAUUUCAAACCACAUAACACGUGCAGCUUAAACUUUCACCUUAACAUUGUGCCUCCUGCUCAUUUCCAGUUUUACAGUAUGGUCAUGUGUGAUAAUCCGCUGAGAUAAAUGUCUCCAUGAAUCAUUUUAUUUUAGUCACAAGUACAAAUUUGGGUGUUUAUCUUUUUCCAAGUUUGAAUAUACUGUAUGUUACAGGUUUCUUUUCUGUGGUAUAUUGUAGACAUUGUGCAAUACAGUCAAGUCAAAAUGCA